AUGAUUAACGGAUACACAUACUCGCAUAUGAAUAGUGUUUACUGGUACUGUUCGUCCAAGUCUCAAGGUUCCAAUCUUGAGAUUAUCAAGAUACCGACGCCUAGUGGUAAAUUUCUAUUGAUGGUUGAUGGAUAUACAUACAACCAAAAUAAUGGGAUUCACUGGCUUUGUUCGUCAUUCAAGACUCAAAAGUGUAGAGCUCGGAUUCGUUAUUUUGAAGACACGGUACUUAAAGUUAAUACAGAUCAUACACAUCCUCCGCCAAAGUACUAUCACAGACGUGGAAUGUAUUUUAAAGUGUAA